AUGACGGUGGAGAAGGGUGAAGACUCCUCUUCUGGGCAAACCCCUGAGGAGUCUCCAAAGAAGGAUGGCCCAGCCCAGAUCGCACCAGACCUGACCGUGAUCCAGUUCAUCAAAGUUUUCCCCAAGGUGCUGCUGCGAACCCUGCGCCACCCCAUCUUCCUGCUGGUGGUCCUGUCCCAGGUGUGCUUGUCGUCCAUGGUAGCAGGCAUGGCCACCUUCCUGCCCAAGUUCCUGGAGCGCCAGUUCUCCGUCACAGCGUCCUAUGCCAACAUGCUCAUUGGCUGUCUCUCCAUCCCCUCAGCCAUCCUGGGCAUCAUAGUGGGGGGCAUUCUGGUCAAGCGCCUCCACCUGGGCCCCAUGCACUGCAGUGCCCUUUGCCUGCUGGGGGCGCUGUCCUGCCUACUUCUCAGCCUGCCCCUCUUCUUCAUGGGCUGCUCUACCCACCAGAUCAUAGGCAUCAGCCACCAGCCUCGCGCCCAGCCCGGGCUGGAGCUCCUAGGCUGCACGAAGCCCUGCUCCUGUCCUUCGGAUGACUUCAACCCUGUGUGCGACCCCAGCACCCGUGUGGAGUACCUCACACCCUGCCACGCAGGCUGCACACAGCGGGCGGGCACAGAGGCUCUGGACAAAAGCAAGGUUUUCUACACCAACUGCACCUGCGUGGAGGGGGGUGGCCCCGUGCCUGCGGGCUCCUGCGACUCAGCCUGCAGCCACCUGGUGCUGCCCUUCAUGCUCCUAGUCAGCCUGAGUGCAGCCAUGAGCAGUGUCACCCACACGCCCUCCUUCAUGCUCAUCCUGAGGGGAGUGAAGAAAGAAGACAAGACUUUGGCCGUGGGAAUCCAGUUCAUGCUCCUGAGAGUUUUGGCCUGGAUGCCCAGCCCCGUGAUCCACGGCAGUGCCAUCGACACCACCUGUAUGCACUGGGCCCAGAGCUGUGGGCGUCGAGCCGUCUGCCGCUACUAUGACCACGACCUGUUCCGAAACCGGUUUAUUGGCCUCCAGUUCUUCUUCAAGACGGGCACCCUGGCCUGCUUCGCCUUGAUUUUGGCUAUCCUAAGGCAGCAGGACAAAGAGGAAAGGACCAAGGUGGUGACAUGCCCUGGCCUACAGCAGCAGCCAUUGGUGUCAGAACCAGAGAAGAAGCCGGAAGACUCCAGAGUGUGAGCUGUCCCAGGGCCCCACGCUGGCCGAGUGGCAGCCAUGGCAAGUACCUCCUCUAGGCCUUAGCCUGAGACUGGUUGUAAGGAGUCCUGUUUUACGAUCCUGACUCCUACACUGACUUGCUGUGUGACUUCAGGCAAGUAACUGACCCUCUCUGGGUCUUUGUUUGCUCAUCUGAACCAAGGAGUUCCUUGGGGCUUUGCUGUGUUGGCCACUUCCGAAGCAAGAGGGUCUCUCUCCUUUCUCCCCCAGCCAGACAGGCUGACCUGACACCAGGCUUUCCCAGGUGGGGUGAAGGGACCACAUCUUUCCCCACGGGUCCUAGGGUAGAGAAGUGGACAAUACUAAGCCAGGCCGCCCUGCACACCAGAUCCUAGCCCUGCUCUGCCACCACCUCUCUGAGCCUCGGCCACUAUGUCUGUCAGGUGGAAAAGGGCUUACCAGCUUUCAGGCCCCUUCCAGCUGUGACCAUCUGUGCAGUCAGGAUGGACUCAGGUCUCCUCCCAGCCCCACUCAACCUGGGGGUGGGGCCAGGACAGCCUCUGUCAAGAAGUGUCCGUUUGGCGCCCCCUGGAGGCGGAGCCCUGAGCUCGGAGGAGAGAUCCACUGGGGAGAGAUGGCCUCACCCUCAGGACACCCAGGCUGGGCAGGGCUCAGGAAAUUUGGUGUGAGGUCCCCAAGGGGUUUUAGCUUUGUGGGGAGACUCUCCCUCUGGACUCAGGAAGUCUCAGACCUUGCCCUCAAGGAGCCACAGUCUGGGUAAGGGGCUCGGUGCAGAGGGAGACCUGAGCCCCUCCUUCGGGCAUUUUCUACCUUCAAAGACCAAAUGCACCCAGCACACACUCCCUGGUAUCCUAUACACUGCCAAGAUUUCACAUUUGACCAGGGCCCCCCACCGAAGUCACACUGACUUUUGUAACUAGAAUCUUCAUUUCACUAUUUCCUCCUGGGUGUCACCUGGGGCUACACAGAUAAUGUCUGGUUCUCUGACACCCAAGUUUGGGGGUAAACGUGAUGCCUGGGUUGGCAUAAGGACCUGUUCUUUGUCAUGCUGGGAGCAGUAACGCCCAGCUGUAACGAGUCGAUCUGUGGAACGCUUGGGUCAGCCAAACUAACUGGGCCUGUGCACUCGAGCCUUCUCUGAUCUUACGGCCGGGCCUGGUUCUCUCCCUGGGACGGGAGAGAGUUUCCUGAUCUGCUCCCAGCCCGUUCUGUUGCCGUCACGUCUGACCUGGCUGGGGCCUGCUGCUCCAGAGGCAGGAGAUGGAGCCCUCGGCGGCAGCUCCCCAAGCACUGUGUCCAGCCAUGUGCUGGGGCCUGGGGAGAAGCGGACGGACUCAACUGCCUGUGGCCCUCUGAGCAGCUCCCAGCAGCAGGCUGCAGGCUCUCCUACGUGAAAGAAGACGGACGUACAGAAGUUCUAAUUCCCACUUUAUUCUACUUUUGUUGACACCUGUACAUGUUCAACAAAUAUCUGACUGAGCCUUUACUUAUCAACGCCAAGAAUUUCAAAGUCUCAACAAGAUGAGGCUGUUUGUAUGUUUAUAUUCCUUUUCCUUCCCUCCUAUUG